GUCGAGUGCCCGUCAGAUGUCAGCCCAGUCCAUUGUCAAAAAUCUGUCAUAACAAAAAAGUGUCAAAAAUGUAAAAUGUUUUUUGAAAAUGCCGUUCGAAACUUGUUUUAAUUGUUUGGCCCGUUGGAGAUUAUGGAUAAGACCAUUGGUGAUUAUUAUUUACGCGUUAGCAGCUCUUGUUUUCGUGCCUUUAUUCUUAGUGAAGUCUUUGGAGGAUGGGUUUAACAAGCGAGACCAAGAAAUUUUGAUUGCUGGAAUCUUCGUUUGGGUUGCUAUUCCUUUGUCUCUGUGGGAAAUCAUUCAGCAUGUCAUACAUUACACCCAGCCCAAGUUACAGAAACAUAUCAUCAGGAUAUUGUGGAUGGUUCCCAUUUAUGCCAUCAAUGCAUGGUUGGGGCUUAUUUAUCCCAAGCAGUCAGUCUAUGUGGACAGUUUAAGAGAAUGCUAUGAAGCUUAUGUAAUAUACAACUUUAUGAGAUUUUUGCUGAAUUAUUUGAACAUGGAAAUGGAUCUUGAGGCAAGUCUUGAGUUGAAACCUCAAGUGAAACACAUUUUUCCGCUAUGUUGUUUACCUGACUGGGAAAUGGGAAGAGAAUUCGUUCACAUCUGCAAGCACGGAAUUCUCCAAUAUACAGUUGUUAGGCCUCUAACCACUGCCAUUUCUUUCAUCUGUAAAGUGUCUGGGGUUUAUGGUGACGGCGAAUUUAAAGGAAAUGUGGCUUUUCCAUAUCUGAUAGCUGUCAACAACAUAUCACAGUUUAUGGCCAUGUACUGUUUGGUCAUGUUUUACAAAGCUAACAUAGCAGAACUGAGACCAAUGAAACCGUUACCAAAGUUUUUGUGCAUUAAGGCUGUUGUUUUCUUCUCUUUUUUUCAAGGUGUGCUCAUAGAUAUGCUAGUGUAUACAAAUAUAAUUACGCCAAACUCCAAAGAUUCAACUGAUGAUGGCUUAAGUUUAUCAACGCGGUUGCAAGAUUUUUUAAUCUGCAUUGAAAUGUGCAUGGCCUCAAUAGCACAUCAUUACAGUUUUUCGUAUGAACCGUAUGCAGUAACUGGCUUGAAUCAGUCCUGUUGUCAGGCUUUUCUUGCAAUGUGGGAUGUCUCAGAUGUCCACAGGGAUAUCCAAGAACAUUUAGGGAUUGUCAGUAGUUCGAUAAGUCGGAGGAUUAGGGGGCGCAGCAUGUACACAAUUCCAAGGGGGGACAAUGAAUAUGCGAAUUUGGUGUCCCCACAGCAAGGGGCUGUCAGUGCGCCCACAUCAGGGUUCUAUCAAAAUAAUUAUGAUGAAGUUUUUGUGAAUUAUGGAGCAGUAGAUUCUAGUCAGUCAAUAAAAAAUGACAGUAAAGCGCGAUUGUAACUGCCAGGUCUUUUACUGGUUUACGCCUAUAGCAUUUAUAUUAUUUUACAAAGUAAACAUUGUUACUGUAUGUACCAUCUUUAUAUGUCUAGUUGUAUAAGUUAUAUCAUCGUUAUAUUUUAAUUUAGAUGUGUAUAAGAAGCCUCGAAACGAGGUAUUUUUAUAACGCAAACUGGAUAUAAAGAAAUACACUUAUUUUUCGGUUCAAGUCUCACUUUUUGUAUAGAUUUGGAUUUAAAGGUUCUGUGAUUAAUUAUAAAAUUUUGACUUGCAAAAAUUUUAUGUGCGAUGUAGUUGUUUGAAGUAUGAGUUGGUGCUAUAGCAGAUGUAUCAAUUUAAUGUUUAUUGUAUAUAAAAUGUAUAUUGCAAUUAUUUUGAAAUAAAGAAAUAAAUAGA